AUGGCGCUGGCUGCCCGCGCCCCGCUCAUUCACCGCGUCCUGGUUCUGCUGCUGCUGCUGCUGCUGCCGCCCGACUGUCCCCGCUCGGCGCCGGCCGACGCUCACUCCCUGUGCUAUGACUUCACCGUCAAUCUGAAGUCCACACCUGGACAACUGCGGUGUGAGGUUCAAGGCCAGGUGGAUGAAAAGACUUUUCUUUACUAUGACUGUGGCAAUGAAGUCAAGCUCUUGGGUCCCCUGUGGGAGAAGAAGAAUAUCACAGAGUUCUGUGAAGAACAGCGUGAAACUCUGCGUGAUGUGGCGGACACGCUCAAGCAGCAACUGGCUGGCAUUCAACUGGAGAAUUACACAACCGGGGAUCCUCUCUCCCUGCAGGUCAGGAUGUCCUGUCAGCGUGAAGCCAGUGGACGCACCAGCGGGUCCUGGCAGUUCAGCUUCAAUGGACAGACAUUCCUCCUCUUUGACCCGGGGAGCAGAGAGUGGACAGAGGUUCAUCCUGGAGCCAGAUCGACAUGGGAAAAUGACAGAGAUGUGACCGAGUUCUUAGUGAAGAUUUCAGUGGGAGACUGCAAGAGGUGGCUUGAGACGUUUUUGGAGCACUGGGAGAAAAUGCUGGAGCCAAUAGCAUCACCCACCACAGCACCAGUCAUAGCUCACUCCAACGCCAUGGCCAUCAUGCCCAGCCACUGGACCCUCCUUGUGAUCCCCACCUGCUUCAUCCUACUUGGCAUCAACUAAAAAGUCCUCUAGAUUGACAGCUUCUAGGACCAGCACUUGUUUCUUGUAUGAACACUGAAGAUGCUCCCAAGAAGCCUGAGAGUGUGGUCCUCUGCACCUCUUCCUUUUGGUUGGCCAUCUUACUACCACCGCCAUUCCUAUCUCAUCCACCAGGAGUUUAUGUGGAAUAUACUAUAAAGCAUAUGUACUUCACAGGGCCUGGUUUUCCAAAGCCUUGUAGUUUCAAAUAUUGACGUUGCAGAGGACUGGAAAUUUUCCUCAGGCUAUAAGUCUCUGGUGUAAGAUAAAGAUUUGUGGCACAGCAAGAUUGCUGGCUCAAGGACAGACUAGUUACUGAUUGUUAUGUAAAGAUAUUGAGAAAUUGCUGUAAGAAGGAAUAUUUGCUCAGAUCAAGCUUUUGUUGAUAGCCUUACUGGAAUGUUAUCUGGCUUGUUUCACUGAAAGUUACCAGCCUAUAUUGUUAAACUAUAACCCCACCUAUGUCUCUUUCUGUAACUUCCUGGUCCGGAAAAUAAAUGCAGGAAAAG